AUGGCGCUAGGAUGGACUUCAUCAAAUCCCCUUGUUCUGCAUGGUCGACAUUUUGGUCGUACCGUCUUUGCAUUAUGUAACUAUCCCGCUCUCUUGACUGCAGGUAUACUCUGGCUCGAAGAAUUGCAGGACUCUCCCCUGGAGGAUUUUCCAGCUGAUGUUCGACAGGAACACAGGGUAUUCAUAGAGUUACUAGAUUCAUAUCCUGGUUUGAUGGAUCGUCUAACAAACGGCGAGGAGGAGGAUAUCAUUUAUGUGGGAGAAAUGCUGGGUAAAGGGGCUUCUGGUGCACGAGGAGACGAUACUAAAACCCUCAAAGCUGCUGUCCUCGAAUGGCUCGUGCCCAGAGGACAGGCAGUCAUACCGCCUCUCUCGCGAAACAUCAAGUCCGACCGGGGGUUUAAUCAUGAGGUCACUGGUGCGUUACUCUGUCCCGCAGGCCUCGACUGGUUGAAUGCAGAAACCAAGCAGAGUCUUAAGAGCGGUGAAACCGCAGUUCGUGGUGAUCAGUGGCCUAUUUUUCUAUAUUCUGGCUAUGUUUACGAUUCCGAAGAUCCAUGGAAUGGAUUAUUAAGAAGUGAGAUACUCGUCUUUGGUUUCAAACAUGUAUUUACAUCUCCGAGCUCGGUGGAUAAGGAGCCCAAAGCUACGCGCUCCGGCAACGCAUACCUCCACGGCAUGAAGAGCGUGACAAAAGGUUCCCUUGCAUAUAUUGCGACGCAGAUUCGGUUUUUGUUGAGUUCCUCGUCUGUAUUCUCAUGGACAGACACAGUCACGGACUCCGAAAAUUUCUACCAUAGUAUUCUCGACCUGUUGGAAGAUCCUGACAAAAGUGAAGAAGUAUGUGACCUGAUGAUGUGGUGGACUCGGUUCGCAAUCACGCAUUAUAUCUUGAGCUUUAAUGCAGCAUCAGCAAAAACAGCGCGCUGUCAAAAAUCCAGGGAAAAAUGUGCUGCCCUUCGAGAACGAGCUAUUGCUGACGUUCAUUAG